AUGACAAAAGAUUGCUGUGAGGUUACAAAGAUUCCAGUGGGAGAGGAGGCCAAAGUGACCGUUCCUCGUUCCACAAGAUUAUCAGCAACUGGUCCAGUUGAAUGUGAUUUAUCUGGUUUCCAAGUUUUGAACUCUCCGCUUUUCAACAAGGGCACUGCAUUCACUAUUGCAGAAAGAGAAGCAUUUGGUUUAAACGGGUUACUUCCUCCGGUUGUAAACACUCUAGAAGAACAAGUUGAGAGAAGCUAUAAGCAACUACAUUUUCUCAAGACUCCAUUGGCAAAGAAUGACUUUUGCACGUCAUUGAGAUUGCAAAACAAGGUUCUGUUUUAUAGGUUAGUCAAGGAACACAUUAAGGAGUUGAUUCCAAUUGUGUAUACACCAACAGAGGGUGAUGCAAUUAUUGCUUAUUCUGACAGAUUCAGAAAACCAGAGGGGUUAUUCCUUGAUAUUACAAGACCAAAUGAAAUUGAUCAAAGACUGGAACAGUUUGGAGAAGAUAAAGAUGUGGAUUACAUUGUUAUAACAGAUUCUGAAGGUAUUCUAGGUAUUGGUGACCAAGGUGUUGGCGGUGUCAGAAUCACAAUUGCAAAGGCUGCUCUAAUGACUGUAUGUGCUGGUUUGCAUCCAGGUAGAGUUGUCUCUUGUGUCUUGGACGUUGGCACUAACAAUGUGAAAUUGCUAGAAGAUGAUCUAUAUCUUGGUAACAGAUUCCCAAGAGUUAGAGGUAAGGAGUAUGACGAUUUUGUGAAUAAAACUAUUCGUGCAAUGAAGAAGAGAUUUCCAAGUGCUGUUAUUCAUUUUGAAGAUUUUGGUGUUACAACUGCUAGACCUGUGUUGGAAAGAUUCAGAGAUGAAAUUCCUUGCUUUAAUGAUGACAUCCAAGGUACCGGCGCUGUUGUCAUGGCUUCGAUGGCGGCUGCUCUUAAAUUAACCCAUAGAAAUCUACUAGACUCCAAAGUUUUGAUUUAUGGGGCUGGUUCAGCCGGUUUGGGUAUUGCCGAUCAAAUUGUUAAUCAUAUGGUUAGCCAUGGUGCGACUAAAGAAGAAGCUAGAAGGAAGAUUUACUGUAUGGACAGGUAUGGUUUGAUUUUAAAAGGUAUGACUUCGAAUUCUCCUGCUCAAGAAGAUUAUGCUCAUGAUCCAAAAGAUUGGGAAAAUAUUUCAACCACUUCGUUAGUGGAUGUUAUCGAAAAAGUCAAGCCUACUACCUUAGUUGGGUGCUCCACGCAAGCGGGCGCUUUCAAUGAAGAAGUCAUCAAAACAAUGUAUAAACAUAAUCCAAGACCAAUGAUUUUUCCAUUGUCCAACCCAACUAGAUUACAUGAGUGUUUCCCUGAAGACGCACUUAAAUGGACCGAUUUCAACGCUUUAGUUGCCACUGGUUCUCCUUUCCCACCUGUUGAAGGUCAUGUUAUUUCUGAAAAUAACAAUUGUUUUGCCUUCCCGGGUAUUGGUCUAGGUGCAGUGCUCGCUAGAACUACUAGGAUAUCAGACAACAUGAUUUCGGCUGCCGUUGACGAGCUAGCUUCUCUUUCUCCAGCUCAAAAAGAUCCUAAAUUGGGCCUUUUGCCUCCAAUUGAGGAAAUUGACGAGACCUCUGCAAGAAUCGCAACUGCAGUUAUCUUGAAGGCUGUCGAGGAAGGAUUUGCAAGAGUAGAAGAAGAAGAUUCUCCAUUAGGUGGUAAAGUUAAAAUUCCAAGAGAGUUUGAUCCAUGUCUAAGAUGGGUUAAAGAACAGAUGUGGCAUCCAAUUUACAGACCAAUGAUCAAAGUCGCACACUCAGACAAUAUUCAUACUCACCAAUACUAA